CAGCCGUGGCAGCAUGCUCCGUGGAUGAAUAUCUGUGCAGUAAGUGGCAUUGGAUACCUGAUGCCCCGAGGGACAUCUUUUACCGCGAGGCUGAUCCCUGUAAGUGCCCGGCCAAAUCGCAUCGCGGACUUUCCCGGCUACUGAGUAUCACUGUGUGGUGCAACAGGGCGCGGCCAGACCAUCGAGUGCCAUCGACAGCUCAGGGGUGUCCCAAGGAGACAAGGUCUCUUCUAAAGCUGUCUCCUGCAUUGGCGAGAAACCCAGGGCUUAUCAAAGUGACGAAGCUACAGCAUUGGCUGAGAGGCGAGGCCCCACAGAGGUCUGUCUUGUUUGUGCUCACAUUAAGGGCAUCCGAUGUGGGCGGCAGGUGUUCCUUACUUAGCGGGUGAACCAGGAGGACCGGGAAUGAUAAUGGACUUAAGUUGUGCGGGUUGCAGAGCAUUGCCUCGAGGAAUGGAGCGGAGGCGGACACGCGCACGCAUAUUUCGACAUGGCAGGCGUCAAUCCGGUGGUGACCCCUGCGCUGAGGCCAUGACGAGCUGUUGGGGGUGUUCUAUGAUUCUACGCUGUUGUGAGAUGGUGGUCUGUAGGUGGCUGCUCUGCUGUCCUGCGCUGCGCUGUGAUGUGUUGUGCAUGACUGGGCCGCAAGCAUGGAGCUCUCCCGCGUUGACGAGCCGAGGAGCUGUACCCCGUACCGAGUACAAUUGCAGCUGCUCAAGGGUAUGCCAUCGGGCAGGACGGGAGCUUCCCGGGAUCUACCACGCAGGCGGGCGUGUAGGGUAAAGUACAAGAGCAGGCCAACAGGCGCACCGGCGUACAGCAGUGGGCCAUGUCUGUGUGCCACGGUUGCCUGUGCGCAUGCGAUGAGGCCGGCGCACAGGGACAGGGCGAUGUUGUGGUGGUGCCCGCGAUGGCCAGUUGAUUAGUGUAGCUUCUUCGUGUCCUCGGCGGGCUGCGGGCGCACAGGCGGAUUGCACAGGCGGAUUGCACCGUUGGAUCGUGACGUUAGAUGCGAGGUGAUCUUGUCUGCCCCUGGCUUGGGCCCUGGAUCUUGCCACGACGGCUCAUUUGUCUGGCUGGCGCCACGCCAGCCCCAGGACUGAGCACAGAUGGGCGUUCCGUGCCGAUGGACGCCGGCCAGGAUGGCAGGAUGGCAGGAUGGGCAAGCGGCAGCGCACGGAUGGGCUGGUGACGACGGCGGACGGGGCGUUUGUGUGUAUUUCUACCUGCUACCGUGAACAAGCCGACGAGAGGACACAGGAGGCAGGCAGGUUGCUGGGAGUCGAGCUGCAUGAAUGCGACCGUGACAGUGGCGCCCAACCAGGGCCAGAGCCCCAGAGCCCUCAACCCGAGCACGACGUUCGAGAACAACCUGGUAGCUUACGCAUAAUGAAUCAUUGACGGAACCAGACUCUGGCGUCUCUCCCACGGCUCGAGCCAGGUCAAACUGACUGACAGGCUGGGGAGAGACACCACGGUAGGAACGACAAGGGGGAAGACGCGGCCGAGGACGCGGUUGCGGUUGCGGUUGCACUUCACUUGCACUUGCACUUGCACUUGCAGUCUUGGUUUCUGAAACCUCGAGCAGCAACCACCGCCGGGCCUGGGCAGGGCAGCGGGCAGCGUUGCCUGCCCACAGCCUGGCCCCGUCUGGCGGGACCCCUGAACGGUGUUUUAUAGGCGGGGCCUAACGACUUACGAUAGAAGACCUGGCACGUAUGGGCGGAAGGAUCGCCCACUAACCAGCUAACCUGAGCACUAGCCUUGGGAAUGUCGUCCUGUUGCCGAGAUUGCUGGACAUGGUUAGCCAGCCUGCCAGCCCGCCAGCCCGCCAGCCUGCCAGCCCGUUCUGCCCGUCUCGCUACUUGUCAUGAAGGCAUCGAUAUUGACUGGGCCGUCUAGGCCGGCGAGGGAAGCACUAUGCGAGCUGAAAGCUGGUCCCAGCAAGCCAGCCAGCCAGCCAGCCAGCCAGCCACCCCCCCUCAAGCGGGCAGUCAGUCACGUACUUUGUGGCGUAUGGAGGCGGAGGAGGAGGAAGAGGAGCAACACCAACAAGUGACAGAUGACGAGCGGGAGAAUACCUAAUUCUCAAGAACACAGCACGGCAACCGCCUUCACAAACACAUCGCCAUCGCCAUCGCCAUUACCCCUCCACCUCUCCAGGCAGGGUAUUCUUGCUACUCGAGUUGUUGAACCGACUGGUCUUAUGCAUCCAUCACCUUCCACGCCCGCGCACGCACACAAAUGUCCACACCCUCACUAACUCGUACACCAUAAACUAUACAUCACCACACUCCACACACCACAGUCUAGCACACCACGCACACUCUCACACACGCUCGCACACACACGCACACUCUCACACACACACACACACACACACGGCCGAGAGAGGUACCCUGACAUUCCAGAUUGGUUGGCCACUCAUCGGCCGCCAUUCACAAUUUUUACACGACUUCCAGAGGUCCAGAGGCCCCAAGGUCUGCCGUCGACGUCUCGCUCCGAGGACCCCUGACCAGGAGAGCUCCCACACGCCAGCAACCCCAACCAGGGUUUCCCCAGCCGAGCCCGCCCCCGUCAUUCCCGCUAAGCAUCCCUGGGGCAGUAAUAACAGUACCAUGGACGAAACCUACCUAGGUCACCCAUGUUGCCAGGCCUGCCAGGCACUCCAGGCAGGCUUGCCCAGGCUUGCCAGGCUCAUGGCUCAUGCUCGGGGGCCGGGGCUCUGGAGGCUUUUGGGGCGUUGGAGGUGCCGCGGGCAGCGGCCAUCCACCAUCUGGCAAUCUGGCUGUCUGGCAUCCUCAUCACUGCCUCAUCAGACGAGACCACUACGACGGACAAGGGCUCUUUUCUUGGCCCGUGGCGAUCACCCAGACAGACACGCAGCCCCAGCCCAGCCCAGCCAGCCAGGAGACCAGACGUCUCCUUUCUCGAUCGACACCCUUCCCGGCACCAGCACCGGCACCAGCACCGGCCUAUCCAGCCCAGCCCAUCCUAUCCCAUCCAAAGAGAGAGAGACCUUUGCUGCCCCCUUGCCAGCUGAUCGGUUCGGUCAUUGACGCUCCCAACCUGGAGGCUCCCUGUCACCUCCACUGGCUGCUCCCGCGGGCCAGUGCGUUGCCGCCUUGCUCGGGGUUGGAUGGGAUGGGAUGGGAUGGGAUGGGAUGGGACGUUCGCGCUCUUCUCCUCCCUCCGACCCUGUGUAGGUUGGAGUAUGUGUGCGCGCGCGCAUGCAGCAGCAGUCAAUGAGGAGGAAGGGAACAAGAACCCCCUCCCCCUUUGGCCGCUCACAUCGCCCCCCUCCCAGCUGUUCUCGUAUAAGCACUCCCAGCUUCCAAACUUUCUUCCUGCCUUGGACGCCUUUGGUGCUGUCGCCCUUUCUUCCAUAGUCUUUCAAUCAGACGCAAUAUCAACAGGACGCUCGUGCUGCCCGCACCACACAAGCACACGCACGCCUGUGCCUGUGCCGCUCCCAGCCUAUCUGUCUAAUCUGAGUGCCUGCUAGGGUCGUGGUCUUGCGUGUCGCUUGACCCUCCUCACGACUCACACACAGUCAGCACUACCGCGAUCCUUGGACCGGCUUAGACAACCAGCCGGCCACAGACGCUGCCCAAACUUCGUGUGCUUGCUGCACCCAUCAGCACCGUAUUUAUCCUUCGCCCCACUGUCGCCCAUCGCCCUCACCCUCGCCCGCCCUCACCCUCACCGUGGCACCUUCAAAGCCGAGCCAGACCUUGCUCUACCUCUCUUACCUAGCACACCGUCCCUGACCAGUCGACCUCGACCUUGGAUCCAAAGCCCGCCCUGUCCCGUCGACAAUCUUCCGGCCUCGGCUUCUCUCUGUGUUUGUGCGGUUGCAUCUAUAUCGCUCUUGUUCUGGCGUCCAGCGACUCCCAGGCCGACAUUCCUGCUCCGAACCACGGUCUGCCUUUUCUUUUCUUUCUUGUUCCUCCACCUGCUCCUACGUUCUGUUUUGUUUCCGUCCACCCAAAAUCUUGUUCUGGCCUGGCUUGCCGUCUUACCGUCAACCCCAACUUGGAAUCCACUGCUUCCUCCGAUCGGCUGCAACCAUCUAUUUCCCUGUUACACCUACUUGCACAUGAAGAUCUCUACGUCUUGACAAAUAUCCCGGGUCGGGACCCAGCACAACUGCUCCUCGCAGGCUGUAUCUCCCAAGGUCUCGUCUCGUUCAACGGCCGUACGUUCAACCUUACUUACCAUCUGAUCCGUCUGUUGCGCCGCGAAGUCUACACCUCUGACCGUGAUUUGCUUCUCCGGUGCCAUUUCUUUUGUCAUUUGUACCUACCCACCUACCCACCUACCCACCUACCUACCUGCGUGCGUGCAUGCGUGCGUGUGCAUGUGUGAGUGUGUGCAUGUGCGGACUGAUAGUUAGUUAUCAAGCAGCGGAUCGGUUGCUCCCGGCGGCAGUUCAUCCACGGGUUGCAUGCCACGACGAAGUCGGACAAGGACCAUUGCUUGUUUAACCCUCGCCGACAGAGCACGAUAUACAGUGGCUGGCAACCCCACCUGCGCCGCCUGCCUGACCUUCCCCCAAGCCAGCCCUCACCUGGGCUGAUUCUAUCUGGCCUGGCCUGUCCGGACCAGCCUGACCUGGGUGCGAAGGAUCCCUCUCCGUGUUGCUUUCACUCGAGCCCGGGCGCUGUUUCGGCAUGUUCCAGCCGCAGCCGACACCGUACUCGUCCUUCUACCCGCCGUACAUUCCCGUUGGCGUCGACGAUGAUGGGCUGAGUAACGGGUUUGAGGGCGUGCAGGCCGCUGGGUACAGCACUUACCCGCAGGCGCCCUUUGCGUCUCUUUCCCUGGGUGGGCCUGGGCCCCAGGUUGGGCAAGUUGGGGUGCCAGGGCCCCCUGCAAGUGGCCCUGGACCAGCCGGCGGCUCAUGCCAUGAUGCUCAUGGCGGGGCUGCAGGGGCCCCUGUCGACGUCCGCUCUGCCCCGCUACCCGUGUUCCCUUUCAACAGCACCCUUCCUCUGCAACAACACCACCAACCCGGGGCUCCUAACCUCUUUGACCACCGCCAACAACAGCAACAACAGCAACAACAACAGCAGCAGCAGCAGCAACAGCGGCGCCGCCGCCAGCACCACUCUCCAAACCACAAGUCAGCCUCCCGCGUCAAGAUGGAACAGAACCAGGGCCUGCCUGACGACUUCGCCGCCCAAGAGGCCGCGGCUAGGACCUGGGAGCCCGAGGUCGAGGGGCCUUUACUUGGCGACAGGACCACAAUUACUGCCAUCACGGAACAGUAUGCAAAGGCAGACCCCAUCUACGUCGACAAGACCAUAGCCCUACCCCAGACAUAUGCACACUACAGGCCUGUCAAAGGAGACGGCAACUGUGGGUGGAGAGCUAUUGGUUUCUGUUACUUCGAGCUGCUCAUCCAGCAGGGCAGCAAGGAGCUUAUCGAUGGGGAGCACCUUCGCCUGACACAGCUGAACAACUACCUCGUGAACAGCGGGAACUACGACCCCGACCUGUUCGUUGACUUUGUAGAAGACACGUUCGAGCUUCUGAAGCAGAUCUCGGACAACAUACAUGACCCUGAGACCGCCAUGGCCGUACUCACCACCAAGUUUAACGAUGCAUCGUCCAUGAACAUACUAUUCCACCUCCGGCUGCUUGCAGGGGCGUGGCUGAGGGGCAACCGGGACCAGUACGCGGCAUGGUGUGAGGCUGACCCUGAGACCUACGCUCAGACCGUCAUCGAGCCAGCGCAGAGAGAGAUCGAGGAACUUGGCAUCGUUCUUUUGGUCGAGGUACUACUGAAACCAGUCGGGUUUACACUCGAAAUCGCCUACCUCGACCGCAGUCAGGGCAGCCAAGUCAACACACACCGCUUCCCAGACGGCGAUCCCGCCAACCCGGCCGGUUUUAUCCAUCUUUUAUACCGUCCGGGUCACUAUGACAUCUUAUAUAAGCCUUCCAUUACGUCCACGACGACGUCUUUGCAUGUCAACCGGAUGGCCUACCCGCCUACUUACCAUGACAAUGCUGGCCCGCAGUUUCAAGACACGUUCGGCCUUCCAAAUCCUCUAGCCUUGAUACCAGGAUUCGGUACUGUCGGCGCGGUCUCGGCUAUGGGGCAGCUGACCGGCUCUUCAUUGGAAUACCCGUCCAGCCCUCAAUCGCCGUGGUUCUCUUCACCUUAUGCAGACUCAUCACCCACCCCUCCAGCACAGCCGCAACCGGCGCAGCAGAUUCCACCGACACAGGCGAUCCCUGGCCCGUCGACGACCCACGAGAUCCGCUUCAGCCGGUAUCAGUACGCGGGGCCGAUGGACACGAAUGCAUGGCCGGAGCAGCCACUCCAGACGAACACAUUCAAAAAUUCGCAUUUCAACACCGCCCACUACAAUAACCCCAACUUUCAACCCGAAGAGUACAGGCCAGGCUAUGAUGAUUGGGUGGAGAGGUGUGAACGCCCGGGAAAGAAGAAGGGCCACCAUAAAGCAGGCCAUUCGUCUUCUGACGAUAGUACGGGUCGCGGGGAAACGAGGACCGAGAAAUGACGAUCACAGAGCGGGCGGACGAGGACAAAAACUCACAAACUCUGCCGUCGAUGAGGCUAAGUUUACCGCCCACUAUUACGCUAGGGGUUCAAAAAGGGGGGGGGGGCGCAGCAGAUUGAAGCUACGGCCUGCAGACCCGGGAAACGGCCCGGUAGCAUGCUAGGAAACGGAUUGAACGAAGAUUCAUGGCAGACGGUGUUAAAAGCCACCGGGGCGCACAAGCCAAACAACGCUUUCCCCUUUUAAAAGAUCGAGAAAUCUUUCGACCGAUUUCCGGGGCGCGCUGCGAGGAGGCGCCAGCUGGUGAAGACCAGGGGGGGGGCGGCUGUUUGAAUCUGCAUUUUCAGACGACGUUGUCUUUGCUGCGCGAGGCGAACUCGGCCCAGGUCAUCAUCUAUUGGUUUUCGGGCUGGGUCUCCAGUCUUUCCAGAGUUUCUUAGUGAGCGAGGGAAAAAAAACUUUUCUUCUGGUGGUUUCCGCUUUUCUUUACUGGCUUUGGGAAAGGAGGGUGGUGGUAAGGCAAACAGGGCGGGGCAGGGCGGGCAGGGCGGGCAGGGCAAGGCAGGGCAGGGUAGGGCAAGGCAAGGCAAGGCAGGCAGUUUGUAAUUAUGGCCGGGUUGGCCGGGCUUUCUGGCCCUGACGGUAAUGUAAUUCCUGGAAUCAUAGCAUGGGCGUUCUCUCGCGCCGGAAUUUAUGCAUAUGUACGCCUGUGCGUCUACCUUUUAACAGGCUUCUGUAGUAGUGGUGAUCGAUGCUGCUUCUGGGUGGCGACGCGAAAGGUCAACGGAAGCGUUUCGUGUUAUCCUACUCUUUCGGGAUGCCCAUUCAGCUCCCAAAGCGACACGUUGGCUUGGCCUCUAUGCAAGGUCGGAUAGUUGGGCCCGUCUAUCAAAGCUCUCUGCGACCAACGAACGAAGACAGUCAGAAGGGAAGAAGGCCCUAGAUGCCUGGACAGUGCGGGUUUUCAGGGGGCAAAAUCCCUCCUUAUCUCACUCUAGGCAACUCGCGACGUGGAUACGAGUCGCAUCUAGAUUGUAGAAUCCUGCCCCGCUGCGUCUCGGGGCUACUUUGCAGGGUCAGCAACAGAUCGACCAAGACGGCGGCGGCGCGCGAGCUGCAGUGGGAUAUGUGCUUGCAUGUUCCUGCAUUCGAUAUUUGAUAGAAGACGGUGCGCAGGGCCAAGUAGGCAGACUGGAAAAUGCCGUUGCCCAGCGGCGUGCCGCCAAUCACUUCUCACAGUGCAGGGUAGAAACGGGCCGAACUCCCGGGGGUGUAUCGAUUCGUGGCUUUCUAUUUCAGGAUCUUGACUGCUCGGAAUCUCCAGCGGAACCAUAGCUGCGACGGGAAGUAAUCUUUGCGUAAUGUGCAGUGUGGCCAAAACGAGUAUAGGCAAUGGGUGCUGCACCUGCGCCUGCUCCGUCUUGAAGACAGGUCGCCAGCAUGGGGGCUGCUUGUGGAAGGAUAUCGCGACUUACUCCUCCGGUCGCGUAAUGGUCAGACCCGGCAAGCUACGCCGCGCCAAACGUUUCCCUGUGGUGGACUUUGCGAGCCCUCUGGAAAUGACCUGUAGCCCUGCUACCUCCCUCGCGACGUGACCCCAGAGAAGAUUCGAACAAGCCGCCUCCCAGGUCUGACCCGUCACCGGCAACGGUCGUGUCUGAGUUGCGGAAGCCGUCGCCAUCCUUAAAAACCGUGGUGUACAGCUCCGCAAGGGCAUCGGAUAGGUGCUGAAUGGCGCCGAUGCGCUCGGUGUCGUGGUCGCUGUUGAUCUCCAAGACGCCAGUCUGUUGGUCUAUCUUGCCAUUGAUCUUGCCGUCAAUGAUAAGGAAGCCCAUGAUAUCCUGCACCUCAACCUCGCUGAUGCGCAGCUGUUUCGCGACCCAGGAGAGACGCAUGCGAGUGUAUGGGGUGAUCAAUUUGAGCACAGCCUUGGUACGCAUGUUGCGUGUGACCUCGUCGAUGUUCUCGGCGAUGAAAGGAUCGGCCAGCAGGUCCUGGUUCUUUUGGAGGACGCUCUCAUACUUGUGAAUGUCGUCUCGCUGAUAGGCAUCCACCAGAUCCGUCAUGGCAGCAAUGCGCGGGUCGUUCUUAUACGGCUUCGUCUCCUGGCUGUCGAAGGGGUUGAUAUCGGACCUCAUCAGCAUGGUGGUGAGCAGCAGGUACUUGAGGACCUGGAUGCGCUGCAGGCUUCCUGCCUCGUCGUAGUUCCGAAAAGACUCGAAAAAGUCCGACUGGGCAUCCUUCCAGUUUUCCUCGCUCAUGUGCAUCUUGCCGCCGCACUCCCGGAUGAUACCCAUGAUCUUGGGGUGGGGCACGGCGGAGCGCACCUUCAGGGCGCGCUGGUACAGGAGCUUGAGCUGUUUGUUGUUCUUGGUCUCUGCAUACAUCUGGAUCUCAAGGGCGUAAAUCUCAAGCAGGUAGGUGCCUUUGCUAGAGUCCUCGCUACCGUCCUCGCGCUUGCAGGCGUUGUGUAGCUCCUUCAGCUUCUUGUUGACUGAUGGGUACUCCCUGCGGUCCAGUAGGAGCUUGGCGAGCUUGAUGUUUGUCUUCAGCCAGAGCCUCUCGUUGUUGGUCGUCUGAAAGCACUCGAGGGUGAGCGAGUAGAACUUCUCCAUACACAGCGCAGCUCCCUUGGCGUCGGAGCUCUUCUCGAUGUAGUCCAGCAUGUUAUUGAUGGACUUCUCGGAGUAGUUGCGCGUGACAGCAGACUUGACGUAGGUGAGAAGUUCCGCAUAGUGUUUGAUGGCCUGCGAAAUGGUCAGUGUGCUGUCCUGUGGCGAGCAAUCCGUGACAAACCUCAUCGUAACGCUGCAGCUUGAACUCUAGCUUGAUAGCCUGUUUUAGGCCCUUGAAGCCCCAAUCGCCCUUCUCCUGUUCCAGGCCCGGCACCUCCAGGAACUCCUUGAUUGCGUCCUCGGGAUCUGUGACCUUCAACUGCUUGGCGUUGUAGUAUUUGUUCUCAAUGUCUACAUCGCCAGAAUCCUCGUUAUCGUCGUCAUCGUCAUACUCGAAGUCAUACUCCUCAUCUGACUCCUGCAUGAAAUCAUCAUCCGACAUCUCGACAGCCCUGGUAGUUUUACUACACUGCUGGUACAAGUUCCGUAAUGAUGGAGAAGCUUCAAAAUGCAAGAGGGCUCAGAUAAGAUCGCGAUGCUGUGUUGGUGAGGAAGCACGGAGAGUUGAUGAAGUUGCAAACAAUUGAUGAAUG